GAAUGUCGACGAAGUAAUGCUAAUAACGGUGCACGAGCCAAACCAGUUUUACCGUUAACGUAACAAAUGAGAAUUACUUACAUUUGCCUUUAUUGUAGUGGAUCAGUGCUACCAAGUAGUAUUAUAAAACUGUGGAACUAUAUACAAUAGACGAGAGGAGUGAAAAUUAAUCUUUAAAUCAAAUAUUACCUCAGAACGUGCAUUCAAUCAAAUUGUUCUGUACUGUCAUGUUUUACUUCACCGAAUUCAUUAAAAUGUAAUUUUUGGGCCGUAAACACUCGAGUCGCCGGAGAACAAGUUACAGCACGCAGCGUGUAUUCAUCCGCUGUGCGUGCUGUGGAUGAACACUGUGUACCAAGGAUUUUGGAGAGAGAUGUUCCUGUACAUGGUGGGACUGCUGGCCUUGUGGUAUGCCUACCGGUGGUUCAAGGAGUCCAAACGAGUGUCCAACAAGGGAGCCAAACAUGUCUACAUCACGGGCUGCGACUCCGGCUUUGGCCAUGUCCUGGCCAGGCACCUGGACACGCUGGGCUUCCCCGUUAUUGCCGGCUGUUACACGGAAAAGGGGGAAGAUGAGCUGAAGAAGAUGUCCUCUGACAGGCUGACGACCCUCCAUGUGGACGUCAGCGACUCUGCCAGUGUUGGACAAGCUGCCGCUCUCAUCCGCACGCUGGUCGGACAGAAAGGUCUCUGGGCUGUGGUGAACAACGCAGGCGUCUCGGUGCCAUCGGGCCCCACAGAGUGGCUCACGAUUGAUGACUACAGAAGCAUGCUGGGCGUCAAUCUGAUGGGUGUGAUCGGUGUCACGCUGAGCGUCCUGCCUCUUAUCAAGAAGGCGAGAGGCAGAGUGGUGAACGUGGCUAGCGUAUUUGGACGACUCAGUCCCUUCGGCGGGCCGUAUUGCGUGUCCAAAUAUGGCGUGGAGGCCUUCAACGACAGUCUGAGGUUGAACAUGGCGCACUUUGGAGUCAAGGUGUCGUGCAUCGAGCCCGGCUUCUUCAAAACAAACCUCACCAACAUUGAGCAUGUGAACAACAACCUGAAGAAGCUCUGGGACAGACUGCCUCAGGAGGUGAAAGACGACUACGGACAAGAUUUUUUGGAAACAUCGUUGAAAACCACAAAAGACAACUUUGAUAAGCUGAUGGACGGCGACCUGAUGAAAGUGGUGGGCUGCAUGGAGCACGCCGUGGCCGCCAUCCACCCUCGCACUCGCUACUCGCCUGGAUGGGACGCCAAGCUCCUUUGGCUGCCUCUGUCGUACCUGCCGUCCUUCAUUGCAGACGGAUUCUUCCUGAAAUUUAGCCCCAGGCCUAAAGUGUCUUUCUUGUAGCAGCGGUGUGCAGCUUGGUGCACCACUGUGUCUUUUCUUCACUCUCAAACCAAACAAGUCUGUGACCUUUCAUCUAAUAGUGUUGCUGGUGGAGGGCUUAAUCUUCAACUUGCUUUUCUUCUUCUUGGACUUUGACUCAGUAAGGAUUUGGGAAGGGCAAAAGAAAUCAUCUUUGAUUAUGGGUUAUAUUAUACUGUAUGUGUUUCCAUGUAUCUCUUAUUAGUACGGCAUGUGCAUGUAACAUGUCAAAACACACUACACCAAAGUCUACUUUUCAUUUCACCUCAUUAUUACACUAUUUUUUUCAGUGUUUGUGUGUUCAUUAUCUCGAUGCUAUUGUGUAUUACACAAUCCUGCACUAGUGAAACAUUAAAGGGAUCUUCUGUGCAUUCACCCACACCGCGGCUUGUGCAGACAUGGUAAGUUUGUUAUUUGAAAACACAGCUUAUGUAAAUGUACGUUUGUUUGUCUGCUGAUUGUUAGAUGGAACAUUUCUCAACGCGAGCUCAAGUAUAAGUGUGAAUGGUACAAGACAUACACCAAAUGUGCUGGUGGUUAAGGCGCAUUCAGUUAGUUUCUUUUUGUCCUGUCCAGCCAACGGGGCAAAUAGUGUUGUUGAUCUUGAUGCCCUUACAUGCUAAACAGAUUUGUUCUGCCAGGGAAAAGUGAAAAAUACUCUUAGCUCUCCUGUUGCAUACUUUUUAUUUGACUGGUGGGGAUAGAGAAGAGGCGAAAAGGAAAGAGGGGGUAGUGCGGGGACAACACAGAGAGAGACAACAACAGCAACAGAAUUACAGACUACAGACUACAUCAGCAAAUGUCUAUGACAGCCUAAAGUCCAUGAAAAAAUAUAUAUAUAUUAUCAACAGCCAGUAAUAAUGAAAAUAAUAGCCAUGGUAAUGAUGAGAUUGACAAUAACUGUUAGUAAUUUUAUGAUUACCGUCAUGUAAUCCCACUAACACGACAAUACCAUGAACACACAAUGAAUGCAUGCAGUUCACCCACAACUCCGUUGAAACAACUCAACAACAACAACUCAACGUUGAAACAACUCUGUUGAAAGGAUGACCAAUCGUAAACGAAGCCAUGUAUAAAAUGUGAAUAAUGUUUUCAUUCUGAUAGUUCUUAAAAUCAUUUAUUUUACUUUUCUUUUUUGUUCACAUAGUUGAUAUGAUUUUGUCCUCUUGAGUUUCUGUAGUUGUAUUUUUGCGUGGGUUUUUUGGAAAACACCCCCGCUACUGCAAUGUACUUCAGGGUUUAAUUAAAUUAAUUAUCUGAGUGUGAAUGGUUGUUUGUCUAUAUGUGCCCUGCGAUUGGCUGGCCACCAGUCAGCUAGGAUAGGCUCCAGCAUACCCCCGCGACCCUGAUGAGGAGAGGCCGCAUAGAAAAGGGAUGGAUGGAUUACAUAAUUUUAACAAUGUA